GAGAAAACAACGAGCCGCUGGAUGGAAUUCCGUAGCCCAACGAUUAGGCCCUGGCCCGCAAGCCCACCUAGUGCCGAAAGCUGAACCGGCCGGCACCUUGAAAUACUCCGGCUUGGCGCCCGAGCGCAACCGUCCCAACCAACAGCCUUCGCUCCUCCUCUUCUCCCCGUCGCCGGAGCGCCAAGAAACCAAGAACCUCCUCUUCUCUGCAGCGGUCGAUCGAGCACACGCGACCCAUGGAGCAGUUCCAUCACGGCCACCACGUGCGGCUGCGCAGCAGCGAGCUCGGCACGUACCUGCACGCCGACCAGGACGGACAUGGCGUCUCCCUCCAGCACCGCCGGGCGUCGAUGAAGGCGGCUUGGGCGGUGCACGUGUACCAGCCCCCCGAGGCGUUUGUGCCUCACCUGCUCCUCCACAGCGCCGCCUACGGUCGCUACCUCGCCGCCACGGACGAGCCGGCGCCGCAGGGCCACCGCGGGCGCCGCGUCGAGCAGCGCAACUACGACCAUCCGGAGGCGGACGCACAGGGAAUCAUCUGGCUGGCCGUCCUGACGGCAUCCAGAGACAAAGUCUUCCUCCGCAACUUCAACGGCGGCUGCCUCCGCGCCAACGGGAGGUACCGCCCCUGGAACAACGGCGCCAGUGUCGACGACGUCGACGUCAACGACAUCGGCAACCUCAGCACGAUGAUGCACUGGGUCGUGGAGGACAUCCCCGCCAGGGAGAUCACGCCUCUCCUUCCACGCCCGGCUUGGCUUACCCUCCCCGCCGUCAUAUCGCCGUCGCGGGUGAUCGUGUACGUGUGGCUGGACGCCGACGGGACCGUCCUCAGCGAAGGCUCGUUCUCGUUCAGUGGGAGGUCCGUGUUCCGCCUGAGGAGCGAGCUGGCCAGGUGGCUCGCCGACAACGGCAUCGCAAUCGUGGACGCCCCCGACCUCGUCAUGUGCCUCCCCACCCGUGAUGGCCGCAUUUCCCCACUCGUCGUCGACCUGCCCCGCAGCCUCCAGACCCUCCACAUCAUCGUCGUCAUCGUCGGGUCGCCUGCUCACGCGGCGCUGCGGUACGCGGAUGUCGAUGCAGAGUAGAGAGAUAGCCCUAGAAGUCGCCUUCCUGUCCACCUCUUCAGAAGUGUCGCCGCCUCGGAGACGACGACAUUAGAACCCAGUUCCUUUCAUAGAGAUAUGGGUUCAGGAAAACCCAGCAGUUCAUUUGUUCCUGCUAGUUAAACUUGGUUUGUUCUCCUGACAGUAGGAUACUUAUUUGCUUGGCCAUCACGGUUCUAAAGCUCUGAAACUGUUUGAGCAAUGGUGCAGUGACUUUAGUCUAUAAUGCGUUGACAAUGGCCACUACUUCAGCGUUGAUAGCUGCAUUUCUCUUAGGUGUCGACAGUGUAAUGAACCUGCCUGAAGAACAGUUUACUGAAACUGUUGUAUUCUGCAACUGCUGCUAAUCUGCUUCAAUUAGAACUUGGGAGCUGUCUGGAUUAUUGUAUUAGAUAUAAGUAGAAGGAGUUGAAUAGAAAUAGUUGGUAUUUGCUUUAGUUGUACAGAUGAUAGAAGGUUUGUCUGAAGCUAAUUGGUCUACAUUAGUCACAUAUUCACACUAAACCUUGAUAAAUAAUUGUUUGGUUUCAUACUGCUGUCCUUGAUUAGCAUACUCUAGAACUUGGAAACCUAAAUCUGUCAAGUUUCUGUUUGAUUUACCGCAAAAAAAAAGUUUCUGUUUGAUUAGCGUACUGCAAUCCUGAUUUUUGUUUGAUUUAGCGUAUUGUAAAGGCUUUGAAUAACUGAACCAAAUUCAGUUUUUCAGGUUCUGCACAUCGGCUGUCUGUCUUCUAAGUUCAUUCUGCAAAACAGUUCUCUAACGGUCGCAUUAUCAGUGACACGACAUGAUACCUAAAUUCCUCACUGUCUGUGCUAAUUCAGCCAACACCGAACUGCGGUACCGGGAUGUCAGUGCAGAGUAGAGAAAGAUAGGAGCAGGACUCCUGACGGUCGCUCGACAGUCCACCUCUUCAGAAGUGUCGCCGCAUGGGACACGAUGACAUGAGAAUUCAGAAUAUUUUGCACUGAGAUAUAGGGUAGUUUAGGAGGAAAACCCAGCAGCUCUUAUGU